CUCCCUACAGUUACUGCACCAUCCUUCGUUCCUUCUGCUUUUCCCUAAUUUCUUGCUCUUCAAAGUAACUAGACAAAAAUGGGGAGAGUGAGAAGCAAUGCAGCCUCUUUGUUCCUAUGGACUUUGGUUGCUGGGUUGCUCUCCCAGAACUUGAUCAUCCCUGUCAUGUCCUCCGCUGUUCAAGACCAGAAGACCUACUACUCUCCACCAGACCCCCACUCCGGCAGCACCCCUGGAGGUUCACACGGAACUCCUUCCCGCCCACCAUCACACGGUGGCGGCUCUCACAGGUCUCAUGGAGGUGGCGGAAGCCACAACCCUACACCAUCACCACCUUCCAACUGUGGCACCCCACCAGCACACCACAACCCUACUCCAUCCACUCCAAGCGGUGGUGGUUACUACCACUCUCCGCCACCAACUUAUGGCGGCAGCCCCCCAACCACACCAAUAAUCGGUACCCCUCCCACCCCAGUCAUUGUGAGCCCCCCAAUCCCAGUCAUUGGAACCCCACCAACCGACCCGAACACCCCAACUAUUCCCACUCCACCUUUUCUUCCUGACCCCAACUCCCUUCCACCCUUCACAUGCAACUACUGGAGGAGCCACCCAACACUGAUAUGGGGUCUGUUGGGCUGGUGGGGAAACUUGGGCCACUCUUUUGGUGUGUCUAGUCUUCCAGGGAUCGGAUCCGGCACCAUGAGCCUCCCACAGGCCCUUUCAAACACCCGCACCGACGGGCUAGGAGAGCUCUACAGACAAGGAACUGCUGCCUUGCUGAAUGCCAUGGUGGAUAACAGGUUCCACUUCACCACCAACCAAGUCAGGGACAGCUUCGUCAGAGCACUGGGAUCGAACAAGGCUGCAGCGACUCAAGCCCGCGUUUUCAAGCUUGCCAACGAAGGAAAACUCAAGCCAAGAGCCUGAUCUCAAUUACAACCAUCAUUUGCUUUCAUUUAAUUAAAUUUCAAAGUUAAUCUUUAUGAGUUGUUUAAAUACUUAAAUCUAAGACUACUUAGAGAGGCUUCAGAGUGUGUGCUUGUUAUUGUUCUUGAACGUUACGUUCUUAGUUUCUAAUCAAAUUUGCAGUGCUACAGCAUGUUAAGAUGAUGCAUA